GGAAGAAGAAAAGAAAAAAAUCUUUUGAAAAGCGUGUCGCGUUAAUGAUAGGCAGUUAAGAGGCGGGAAAGUAGUACGUUAGCGAAAAUCGAAGAAAUGUUUAUCCGCGCGCAAAAACGAAGAUUUUGACUUACAAACAACGGGCACCGGAUUUCACGAUCCUGGUGAGGCGCACUACUUUUCUCCUCUCUCGUCUCAUAGCGCCGCGCACCGGUGCUUGCAGGUCGGUGUUCUGCUAUUGGUCGAGCCAUGGCUCAAUGGUGGGGAUGAGAAGGCACCGCGUCACGAAGCGAGGCCGAGGAACUGUGAGGCGCAUGUAUCAAUGCGCAAUCGCAUCUGAACGAUUGACGGAGUCGGGGAGGUCCGAGGAAUAAACAGAGUAGCGAGACCGCGCGACGGAUAGAGAGGGGGUGAAGCGGAGAGAGUGAGGGAGCGAGUACGAGAGAGAGAGAGAAAGAUAGAGAGAGAGAGAGAGAAGGAGAUAGAAAGAAAAAAGAGAGAGAGAGAGAGAGAGAUAGAGAUAGAAGGAACAAGCAGCGAGACGAUCACGAUGCACAGAGGCGAGCACAAGCGGCCAGGGGCACAGGGCUGAGGGCUGAGGGCUCAACAGGGCCUUUUACGACAUUUUACGGAAUCUGGCGCGGAUCAGCCAGCAACGAUGGAACAGCCAAAAACUCCCGCGUCCCGGCUACUCAGUACAACCUGCAUCGAGAACAAGGACGACCUGGAGGAGAAAUUUGAAAGAUGCUAUGGCGUACUCCAAAAUCUGACUACAGGCCUGUCUGAAAAGGAAGCACAUGAUACCUUGAACAAUGCAGUGUGCAAAGACAAAACGCACGAAGAGGUUUCCUUGGGAUUAUUGGUUGUUAUUUUAACGGAUCCACAGAAUGCCUCAAAAAGUUAUAGAGACUUAACGCUUAUAACAAGAGAUGGUCUUGCGAUUGUGUUGGGACAUCUUAAUCAGUUGGUACUGGAAAGGUACCUCAGACUGAAUGACGUUACCCGAAGUCAACUUUUGUGGUUGUUACGUGAAAUGAUAAGGACUAGCGUAGCUAAUGUUGAUAAUCUUUGUUUAACUUUAUUGAGACACGCGGCUGGCGGAGAUAUCUCCCAAAGAAAUCUGUUCCUAGUCGAUGCCCUUUUGGAUAUAUUUCAAGAAAAUCGGCCAUGGCUGGACAAAUUUCCUUUUUUGGUAGCAUCUAUCGUUUAUACAUAUUUACGAUUAAUAGAAGAUCACAAUGGUCCUCAUCUGACUGGUCUUCGACAAAAAGAAGUAACUUUUACAGUAUCUCUUUUGAGGGAAAGAAUGGUGGACUGUUUAGUUAUUGGAAGGGAUUUAGUGCGCUUAUUACAAAAUGUUGCAAGGAUACCUGAAUUUGAAGGACUUUGGAAAGACGUAUUAUUAAGCCCAAAAUCUCUAUCACCGAAUUUCAAUGGGAUUCUUCAACUUUUACAAACAAGGACAUCACGAAGAUUUCUUCAAUCAAGGCUUACUCCAGAUAUGGAAAGAAAAUUGGUUUUUUUAACAAGUCAAGUUCGUUUUGGAAAUCACAAGCGUUAUCAAGAUUGGUUUCAAAGACAAUAUUUGGCAACACCCGAAUCUCAAUCAUUGAGGUGUGAUCUAAUACGUUUUAUCGUCGGUGUUAUACAUCCAACCAAUGAAUUAUUAUGCUCGGAUAUAAUACCACGGUGGGCGGUGAUAGGAUGGUUGUUCACCACUUGCACCUCGACCGUAGCUGCAAGUAAUGCCAAAUUAGCUUUAUUUUACGAUUGGCUAUUCUUCGAGCCGGAGAAAGAUAAUAUAAUGAAUAUCGAACCAGCAAUUCUUGUCAUGCAUAAUUCAAUGAGAUCUCAUCCACCUGUUACUGCCACGCUUUUAGAUUUUUUAUGCAGAAUAAUACCAAACUUUUAUCCAGCAUUGACGGAAAAAGUUAGAAAUGGGAUAUUUUCAUCUUUGAGACAAAUUUUAGAAAAACGAGUGUUACCUAGUCUUUAUCCGCUAUUUGAUAGUCCUAAGUUGGAUAGAGAAUUAAGGAGCAAAAUUAGAGAAACCUUUAAGGAAUUCUGCUUACCACCUAAUGCAGAUCCAGCAGGUAAUAAGGUUCCGAUAUAUUCAGGUAAAAUGGAAGAUCUUAAUAAAGAUCUCAAUUCAGGACUUAUCUUGGAAAAUACGACGAGUGUACCAGUGGAAAAUAAUCAUGUGGGCCAAGAUCCAGAACCAGCAUUCAGCGACGAGGAAGAAGAAAUGCCACUCAGAAUAGUAACGAAAGUAGAAGAGGAGGAAGAUGAGGAAGAUGUACCCUUAGCUACAGUGAAACUUAAGAAUGAACAAAAGAAUGCAAAUUGUGUUGCAAAAAAGGAAGAUAUUACGUCUCAGUUAAAUCUUAUUUUAGAACCAGAAGAAUUGAGAACUGCCAUUGGAAGCCUACAUAGUGAAAGUGACAAUGAAAUCAGAUGCCAAGCGGUCGAGAGAAUAGUACAAAUGGUCGUGGAAGAUGAGAUAGAUGCAGAAACAGUACCAGGUUUAGCGUCUUGUCUAUCGACCAUUUUGUCGACACAAAUAACAGCACAGAUAUUUCCAUCGGAUAAUUUAAACGAGGAAUCAUUGACUGAUAGUAUAAGCACGCCAUUGUUUGUUAUGUUUCGAAAUCAGUAUCAGUUAUGUAAAGAAGAAGACAAUAGGAGAAAACUUUUAGCUAGAGUACUCGCUGAAAUGUAUUCUAUUCAGCCAAAAAUAGGAUAUCUACUUCUAUAUUUUUUAAAAGUAUGGGGUAGAGAGGAAGAAAAGAGGGAAGGGGAACCAAGCAAUGUAUUAAACGACGUAAAAGCCUCCGUUUAUAAGGACUUUUGUGCACAGAGAGAAAAGAAAUUAGAUGCGUGUUUAGUGGCUGAUUUAAAAUUAUGUCACGAAGACAACAUAUUCAUGUUGUGUUACUUGGUGCCUGACAUAUAUACUGGAUUUCAAAACGUAGCCCUAGGGAACGUUCAACUUUUGCAUUUGGUCGUAUCGACUAUCGAUGCAUGUCAAUUACAGGAAUUGGUUUGUCAGAUAAUGCAAGGUCAUCUUAAAAUGUUAAAGAAAGAAUCUUUCACUUCUUUAUUAACAGCAAGUUUAAAUUGGGAAACCUUCGAACAGUACUGUUUUUGGCAGUUAAUAUUUGCUCAUGAUUUUCCCAUUGAGUAUGUGUUGCCAGUAUUACCAAAAUUGCAAUUCCGCGAUCAUGCAGAAGCACUCACGUCGAUACUAUUUAUGCUUAAGCAAGAAAAACCUACUCUGGAACUUUUACGACAGCUACUUGCUCGACAAAAUGUGGAUGGUGAUAUGUUCGUAGUCGCAGCUUUACGUUAUUGGUGUCGCGAUUAUGAGGAAAAACUUGGAGAAUUAUUAGCAAAUCUUUUAAGUACACGCUAUCCUGCAACUAGUCCAAAUAAACGGAAACGUUCUGGAGCAAAGCACAACCAACAAUCUGGACCACCAACGGGCGAACAGGUUUUGGGACAUUUGGAUCAGUUGCGUCAGCAUUGUACAUCCUCUACGGAGUUACAAUUGUAUCAUAUGGAAGGGAUGCAGAGAGCGUUGCAACAAGCGCAAGCUGCCAGUAGCGAUUCUCUCAGGAAGAGUUAUGGUGACUUAUUCGCUUUAGCGGAAGUCAAUGAAGAAAAUGAACCACCACCACCACCGCCAACAAGUUCGGCGAGAAAACACGCGGCAGCUUCGGGCGGGGGUGGGGGCGGUGGGGCCGGCGGCAAAGGGGGAAAUAGGAAAGUUGGAGUUAAUACGAGGGAAAGGACGAGUUCGAAAAAACAGAUUCAGUAUCACCUCGACAGUACAUCCAGUAGCGAGGUAACCAUUUCACCAGAGGAAAUCGUAAAUCCAAAGCAAGCGAAAAAGAGAAAAAAGAUUAUAGUGGGCUCGGACAGCGACUGACCACCCAGUGUCUUCACAUGUCACAUGGACCACGUCAUGUGUGUGCAGCAAGAUAAAUUAGCCUUAAGAAUAGUAAGAUAAUACGAUAUGUAUAUAUAUACAUAUAUAUAUAUAUAUAUGUAUAUAUAUAUAUACACAUAUACAUAGUAGAUUUAUCUAGCGCGACUUGUAAAUAUAUUCUACGUUGGAUAAUGGAUGUACGAAACGAUGUUGUUGGCCCGAGUCUUACGCGUUUCGUAAUCUAAAAAUCGUAGUGGUGCCAGACUCUCGUUAUUAUCGUUAAAUGUAUAUGUAUGUAUCCUCGAUUAGUUUUCUAAAAGUAAAAAUACUCUUAUCAUAUCGACUUAUCGACGAGUAAAUUUAUUAUCGACUAGAGGUGAGACGUGACUAUCGUUUGUCGGACGAAAAAUUUUGCGAAAAAGAAAUUACUUUCAAUUGUGUACAAAUGAAAAAUUCUAAAUGAAUAACUUUGACCUGGCACCAUUACACAAAAUGGGGUAAAGCAAUGCGGUCUUACUCCAAUAAACAUGUUAAAUUUGUAAUUGUAAAAGCAUCGAUCCACAUAGUAUUUUUAUGUGGAAAGAAAGUCAGCGCGUGCAAGCACCUAUGUCGUGCUUAACAUAUUUACCAAUGAUCUUUUUUACUAAUUAUGCGAUUAUCAUACUCCGAUCAAGUUGUUAUUGACAAAUAUUGAUUUUGUCGAUUUAGAUUAUUGACAAUUAAUUAUUUCUUGAUUUAAAAUAUUUGACACAGCCGUAAAUUAUUUUAACAGAAAAUAUCUUUAUAUAGUAGAGAAUCGUUUUGAAAUAAUAUUGUGAAUAAUUUGUCGUUAGGAUUCAUGUGUUAAUUCCUAAGAUUUUUCUAUAAUACCAUAUAGUUUACAUGCGUCCGUUAUACUUUUGGCUUGGGGAGGGAGAGAGAGAGAGAGAGAGAGAGAGAGAAAGAGAGAGAAAAAAAAAUAUUUGCAUAUUGCACAAAGGAUAAACUAAGUAAAUUCAAUGAGAAAUCGGAUCUUCGUAAUGAUAUCUUUGUUAUAGAAUUUUUGAAAAAUACGUCGUCUUCGAAGAUUCAA